AUGGAGGAUUGGACCCACAAACUCCAGAACAGAGCUUUGCCAUCUAGGGACUCAGCCCUUUCCCAAAAGGGGUGUCUUGAGGAAGAAAACAUGGCUGCUCUUUGCCAGACAACAAAGUCCCAGAACCCCAUGCAGGUGUUUCAGUGCUUUGUGUCAUUCAAGGACGUGGCUGUGAACUUCACUGAGGAAGAAUGGAGAGAACUGGACCCUACUCAGAGAGUCUUGUACAGGGAUGUAAUGCUAGAGAACUAUAGGAACCUGGUCUCCUUGGGAUUUCCUUUUUCUAAACCUGAUAUCAUCUCCCAGUUGGAGCAAGCAGUAAACCCACGAAGACGAAUGCAGGAGGGAGAAGUGCUAAGAAGCAGCUGUCUAUACUUGGAGAACAGAAAGUCAAAACCAAAGAAGGUAUUUGAUGAAAAAAAAUCAUACCAGAGGAUAGAUAUGGAGAGAAACACAAAAGCUGAUGCAAGGACCUCCAGUUUGAAAGAGUCCUGGGGAUAUGAUGAUUACUCAGAGAGCAAACAGGCCUUUGGUUGUGGUGUACACUACACCGAACAUCAGAAAACUGAUGUCAGAAAACUGACUAUUCGAGAGAAAUUUUAUGAAGGUAGAAAAGCCUGUAACUGGAACUCAUACCUUACCAGACAUCAUAAGAGCAAUCACAGUGGGAAGGAAUAUAAUGUGCAAGAAAGAGCCUUAGUUCAGAAUAUACUAUAUAUUCAACAUCACAGAGUCCAUAAUGAAGAGAAACCUUAUGAGUGUAGUGAGUGUAGAAAAACUUUCAGUAAUUGUUCAGCCCUUACAGUACCUCAGAGAAUUCAUACUGGAGAGAAACCACAUGCAUGCAAUGAAUGUGGCAAAGCCUUCAAUCACAGUUCAUCUCUUAUUCAACACCAGAGAAUCCAUACCGGAGAGAAACCCUAUGAAUGUAAUGAAUGUGGGAAGGCUUUUACUCAGAUAAUACACUUCAUUCAACAUCAGCGAAUUCACACUGGAGAGAAACCUUAUGAGUGUAACACAUGUGGUAAAGCUUUCAGUCACAAUUCAUCCCGUGUUGGACAUCAAUUUAUUCAUACUGGAGAGAAGCCCUAUGUAUGCAGUGAAUGUGGGAAAGCCUUCAGUCACAACUCUUCCCUUAUUGUCCAUCAGUUUAUUCACACUGGAGAGAAACCCUAUGAAUGUAAUGAAUGUGGUAAGGUCUUCAGUCAGAGUUCACACCUCUAUCAACAUCAGAGAACUCACACUGGAGAAAAACCUUAUACCUGUAAUGAUUGUGGGAAAGCCUUUAGUGAUCGGUCAGCCCUUAUUCGACAUCACAGAAUUCAUACUGGAGAAAAACCCUAUAAAUGUAACGAAUGUGGUAAGGCCUUCAGUCAAGCUCAACUCAUAAAACAUACAAAAGUCCACACUGGAGAGAAACCCUACACCUGUAAAGACUGUGGGAAAGCCUUCAGCCAGAGUUCAUCCCUUACUCAACAUCCGAGGGUUCAUACUGGAGAGAAACCAUUUGAAUGUCAGGAGUGCGGGAAAGCCUUUAGCAGAAGUGCCCAUCUUAGUCAACAUCAGAGGAUCCACACUGGAGAGAAACCUUGUGAGUGCAAGAAAUGUGGCAGAGCUUUCAGGUGUAGUUCAGCCCUUAUCAGACAUCAAAGACGUCACAGUGGAGAAUCUCCCUGA